AGUAACAAAGUCCAUGGUCUUUCUCUCCCUUUAGAGCCCUAGGUGCUGGCAUCAUUCUGCCUGUGUAACGGGAAACAAAGGACUUACAGUGAUUGAUAUUCAGAAAAAAAAUAGCUUACUCAACCUUUGCUUUGCAAAUAAAUCUUAUUUGCCCUGUUUAAUAUUUACCAGUGGACAUGAACUUAAUAUUAAAAGCAAAUCAAGAAUAGGAAGCACUGUGAAAGGUCGGUCCAGCAUGGCCACUGCCUACUUCAUGGAUUUGAGUUUCUGUCAUUUGAGAUAAUUUAGAACUCUUCAGAAGGACAAUGAAGUCUGCAUUGUAUUUGUGUUUGUUACUUCUUGGACUUCAAGUCCAGGGUCAGCAGCAGGAGCAACAAAUACUCCAUUCCCCAGAAGACCAGUCCCAGGCUGAAGGAGAAAACCUGCCUCAUGUCAAGAUAGCCUCCAGCAAUGCUAACUUUGCAUUUAGGUUUUACAAGCAGGUCAGAGAGGAGGCAGGCAACAAGAACAUUUUCUUCUCUCCUUUGAGCAUCUCCACUGCCUUUGCAAUGCUGUCCCUGGGGGCCAGAUCAAACACACUCAGAGAGCUACACAAAGGCCUUUUCUUCAAGCAGACAGAGAUGGAGGAGCAGGAGAUACAUGAAGGAUUUCAGCAUGUCCUGCAGCUGCUGAAUGACCCUCAUCGAGAAGUCCAGUUGAACAUGGGCAAUGCCCUGUUCAUAGACAAUCGACUGAAACUUCUUGAAAAAUUUUUGGAUGAUGUCACAAAUUUUUAUUAUUCUGAAGCUAUUUCUAGUAACUUUCAAAAUUCUCCAGAGGCUAUAAAGGAAAUCAAUAAGUACCUGGAAAGAAAAACACAUGGCAAAAUUGUUGAUUUAGUUAAGAGUCUUGAUCCGGCCACCAUGAUGGUUCUUGUUAACUACAUUUUCUUUAAAGGUUCCUGGGAAAAACCUUUCAACAAUUUGAACACGAGAGAUCGUGACUUCUUCUUGGAUGCCAACAAUUCUGUUAAGGUCAAAAUGAUGCAUCAAGAGAAAGCCUUUAAUAUUCACAGGGAUGAAAAUUUGUCUUGCUGGGUAGUAGAAAUUCCAUACACAGGAAAUGUUACUUCAUUGUUUGUCCUGCCUGAAGAAGGGAAAAUGAAACAGGUGGAAGAUGCUCUACUGAAAGAAACAGUGUCCAACUGGAUGGAAUCACUUAAAAAAAGAAAAAUCUACCUGGACCUUCCAAAAUUCUCUGUCUCUGGCUCCUAUGAUGUUAAGAGCUUGUUUGAGAAAAUGGGUAUGACAGAGGUGUUCAGUGACCAGGCUGACCUCUCUGGAGUGGCAGAAGAAACCCUUCUGAAGGUUUCCAAAGCAAUUCACAAGGCCACGGUCGAUGUUAGAGAGAAUGGCACAGAGGCUUCUGCAGUGACCAUGCUAGAAAUAACACCAUUCUCUCUACCGUUUCCUCCUCCACCUCGCAUCCAUUUCAACAGGCCCUUCCUGAUCAUGAUUAUUGACAAAACCACCCACAACAUGCUCUUCAUGGGGAAAAUUGUCAACCCAACUGCUAGGGAAGACUAGGCCAGAGCACUUGUACCCUCCAGUGCAGAGAAGAAAGCUUGUGUGCACCCCAGGAAUUUCUUUGUAAGAUGGGACUAGAAUUGAUCUGAUACUGAAUUAAUAAAUAAAUAAAUAUUAUGUCAA